CUCUCAUCCUCCUGAACCUAAUAAUCGAAGCGAAGCUCAUGCUAAUCUUUUCAUUUUGAUCUUUCCUUUUAUAUCUCCUCCUCCUGAACCCAAUGGAAGCGAAGCUCAUACAUGAGCUUGAGAUCCGUUUGUUGAAAUCUACGGUUUUUCGUGUUCCUUCAAACUCUACCAUCUCUUAUCCUCACAGAUUGUACUCCAAAUUGUUGGAACAUAAAAGGAAAUCUUUUGCUAAGCGUUUUCAAGGACUUGCAGAGCUACAGAGAUGGAAACUUCAUGCAAGAAAGCUUUCAAAGGGUCAAGAUUCUAAGAAGCAGUUUUUAGUUCAUGUCGUCAAAGAGGGGGAAACUUUGACAUCAAUUUCAAGACUGUAUGGGGUAUCCAUACAGGAAAUUGCAGAAGCUAAUGCAACAAUUGUUGAUGUUGACCUUAUUUUCGAAGGACAGUUCCUUAACAUUCCUUUCUCUGUUUGCAAAGAGAGUCUAAUGGGUUACAGUUGGAAAAAUUGGGAACCUAGCUGUAAAACUCAGGAGAGAUGUCAAAGAGCUCUGAAUCUCUUUGGCAGACAUGAGGACCACAAGAUCUUCACCAUGUUAUCCUCCAAUCAGUUACUUCUUGUUAAACGGACUGGUUAUUUUCUGGUUCUGCUUCCUCUGAUAGCAUUUUGCAUCAGAUGCAUUAUGGAUGCCUUUCACCUUAGAGUCAACAAGAAUUUAAAACAUCAAGCUCCAAGUGAAUCAGAGGCGUAUUGCCAUGGAUCCAGAACCAUGCGCUGGAAAUCUGCAUUGAGUGAAUUGACUGAACAAGAUGCCUUGGAUGAUGAAUCAAGACAGGAUUCUGUUAAAUAUCCAGAAGAUCAAUCUCAAGUUCCUUUUGAAGAUCUCUCUCAUUCCUAUAGUGAGCUCGGACCCGCCUAUCAGAAGUUCCUAUCACAAUGUGGGAUGAACAAAUUCGGGUAUUGGCGUGGAGGUUCCCCAGAUUAAAAAGCAUUGUUCUGUGACUUGUGUCUGACAACUGGUUAUGCUCAAGUCUCUAAGACAUUUGGAAUUUCAGAAUGCUGUGCAAAGCUGAUCUUCGUCCAUGGAAUUGACUACCAUAGUGUGCUAAGUGUAGUUUACUGAUUCUUAAGGAGGAAAAGUUGGUACGCGAGGCAUUUUAUACAGAUUAUAUUUUUUUGUAUUUAUAUGUACAUUUUUAUUAACUUAUUUUUUAUGCCAUGUUUUUUAUUUAAAAUCCAAUUGUUGAACAAAUAGAAACCAUUCUCCA